AACACUAGGCAGGCGCUCCUAAUUCUUCGCCACACUUUUCCUGUCUCCUCCUAGCAACCACAAAAGAGUGAGAGUCCUGUUACUAGAAAAAGAGUACUGUUUGUUUACGAAUACUCACGUUUAGCUUCGUUCUGUAGUGUAGUGCUUGUUUUUCUUGUGCAUUUCUCGGAUUUUCUCUUGAUUUCGUCGCUACUCUUACAAGUAUACUUUACGCGGUGUGACAGCUGGAAACUGGAUUCUUGAGCUGAUCUAUACGCUCUUCUGAAGUUAAUUUACGUCAUUUGAAGUUGAUCUACGUUGUUUGAAGUUUAUCUACGUUGUUUGUAAAAGUUGACCUAAGCUCCUCGCUAGAUCCCUGCGGACCCAGGAUAAGGAGAAAGGAAGGAGCGGAAUAACACCACCAAUCAUCAGCUCUGAGUCCGUUUUACUGCAGACAGCUGUUCAACGAACUACACUUCAGUUAUAACAUCUAAACUACCUAUCACCAUGGAGAGAAGAACGAGAUGCACCCUAGCAACCCCCUACACCUCCAUAGCAACCCCCUACACUACAAACUCUAACAUGUGGUCCAAUAAGACAGCUAAUACACUGGAGACGAACAGAGACAGCACAAUCUCCAGCCAAUACAAGGAUUACCUGUACAGCAACAAGUUUAGAACAUUCUCAGACGACAGCACCAAUAGUACCAGCAACAAUCCUGAGCUGUCCAUUGAUAUCAACGGUAAAAUAAAGAUGUCAAACUGCGAAGUGGACGCAGACGAAGAGUUUGAUAUCCGGUCCUUAUCGUCCAUGAGAAUGAAAAAGCUGAUAAGUUCCAUGGAGUAUAUUUCAGUAAACGAGGAUAAGGAAAACCAAGUGUCGGGGAAGAAACCGGAGAUGUUUUCAACACUGCCACUGCGUAAACACAGUAGUAUGGGUACUAACCUGGGCACUAACUCUCCACUUAGACCCAAUAAACGCGUUCACUCGGUUGAGAUCCCAGUUACAGCGUUGCCAGGCGACCAGUCAGUUUUCCAAACUGAUCUAGAUCAGGGAGUAGCUAAACUCAGGGUCACUCCAGAUGAAGCCCGGGAAAUAAUGAAGUUCAUAAAUGAGAAGAUAGCAUCCAGAACCUCAAUGCAGACAGCGGGGACUGAUACGGUGGCAGCGAGGCCUCCGCAAGAGUGUGUACCAGAAGAGCCCUCUGUGGCGGAGGGAAGUAAAAUAAAGGAGACACCUCCCCCUAUCCCUAGUAGAGGAGACCCUAUGCCUAGUAGAGGAGACCCUAUGCCUAGUAGAGGAGAAGACACUGGCUCCGAGAGUAGGAGCAGGAUACACAGAGGCUUCAACAGUAUGCCGCUCAUGCACCGCUCUGGGGAUCAAAUUUCGGUUAAAGAAGUUGAAACCUCGCCUCCAGAAGAGGUUAACGAUCUCAACGAAGAGAAACCAGACGGGGCGAAACCUAAACUGUCGUUCAUGAACAAGCUGAAGAAGUCGUUCAAGUCUUGCAAUUCAGAUAAAAACAAAUCUCCGACUAUCCCCCAGCUUUCCCGCCCACCCUCCUCCUACAUCGGCUCCCAAAUGUCUCUGAACCACAGUUCAGUUCACGGUUCAGUUCACAGUCUCACUCUGCAACAUGCACCCCCUCUUGAGAAGCCCCAGACCCCAGUGCUGGAGCUUCUUUCUAAAAACCCUGAAAUGUGCUCACAGGAUUCUCUCAACAGAAUAACCAGAAUGCCUGAGGUGCAAGCGGAGGAAGUUGGCGAGGUAAAAGCUGUGAUGUCUGAUCCUGAUUUGGUUGCCUCAACAACUACGGGACGCAGCAGAUCUGCUAAGAGAGAUGACAAAACCAAACGACGUUCUCGAUCCAAAUCUUUAACAAAGCUGAUAGGAGGGAUGGCUCGGAAAGCAAAAUCACUUACCAAUGUAAGUCCUAUUCCAAAGAAGUCGGAGGAUAAGAGUCCUGAUUACGUCAACGAUAUUCCAGGAGGAGGGAGUGUAGCCCCACCUGUACCUUUAAGCCCACCACCCCCACUUCCCGUUGCAGAACCUGAGGUAGAGGAGGAGAAACCUGAGAAGAAACCUCGACUUUCUUUAGUGGGGAGACUCAAAAGGAAACUCAGCAUUGGAAGAGGAGAUAAAGCUGCCAAAGUAGAGAAGAGGAAAGAGCUUUCUAAAUCAACCCCAGUACUAAACCAGGGACCACCACCAGCAAGUGCUCUUCCGCUGCAUAUAAAAAGAGCUAAGUCGACAGAGAAUAUGUCCACCACAUCCAGUGUUACUACAACAACAGAUGUCCGGACCCAAAUAGUCCUCAAAUCUGCCAAGAUCAACAAGGGAUGCAGAUGUCAGGUGUGUUCCUUAGUUAGAAGGAACAUAAGAUCUCACUGCAACUCAGCAGAUCCUAACUCACGACAUAAAUACGAGGUGGUACUGAAGAUGAACAUUCUGGGAGGGGACUUCAUGAACUCCGAGUGUGGUAGCGUAGCUUCCUACCAAGGUAACCAAGGUUACGAGGUGCCUGAUGAAGAGCGGCCGGAUAUUGUAGAGGGUUGCAUCGCGGGUAAUAUAGACGCGGAAAUCAGUUCAAUCCACUCUGUUGACAACCAAUUGAGAACAAAAACUCAAAGUGAGAUACAUGAGUUAGUGGCAGACUUUCAACAAGAAACCAAGAGUGUUUCAUCUCACCACUCACAUCAGAGUGAUACAGAUAACGAUAUGUCAGAGUUAAGGAACCUAAUCAGUACUCCCUUGUCCGAGUUAAGGAGCUCCCCUUCUCUUACUCCUAGGCAGUCUGCUGUUUAGAUUAACCUAAUCAGUGCUCACAAUUGUUAACGAUAGUGACUUUCAGUCUUUUCGUGCUCAGAGUUGGGAUGUUGUAGUCAGUUUGUCAGCCUAUCUAGACUGUCUUUCGAGUUCAUUUGGAGGAGCAAGGCCUUCAUCGGGACGGGUGAUGAUCGAUUUGGAUAUUCUCAACGAUUCAUCAAAUAAGGAAAGAAUGAAGGGUUGUAUAAAACAACUACAAGUAUUGUCAGUACCAUAUAUGGUAGUGUUACCAUUGCAAUAUCAGAUAUUAUGUGAUCAAAAUAUGUGAUCAAAUUAAGGAUGUUGAAGCAGUCACAAGCCACUCAAUUUAUAAUGAAUAGCUAACAAGAAUAAUUAGACUUGGCAAACUGUAAAACGGAGGAGGAAUUCAGGCUAAUUUCAUAAUUCAUUAUUUUAAUUAUCCGGGCAUGGGCUUCUCAUAGCCGUAAAAAACUUCCACCAAACGAUUUUUGUAGUUAUGGACACGUUAAACCAAAGUUAAAAUCUAGCUGCAACUAUAGAUGUUGACACCUGUUCGGCAAAGUAAACGAAGAUAUGUGUUUUGACAUUCAUGACAUAUCAUUUUAAGGCAGGAUAUAUGGAUGCCUAUGUAAUGUUUCACUAUUAUUACAGAUUUCAUUAUUUAA